CGUGAAAUUAUCGUCACGAAAGCCGCUGUUAUCUGGGCGCUCUUUCCACUUUCCCACCACCGCUUGUCCUCAUAUGCCUUCGUAGGCUUGAACUGGGUGUGCUUCGUGAGACAGCCGUUCACCACCAGGUGCCAAGAAAAGCUCCUCCCCUCUCCCGCAAGCAACUGUACAAACGGUCUCGGUUGGGUGUCGGUGCCACCUUCGUUGCAUUUCAUACUUUCGUCGAAUGGCAUCCCUCCAGUGACCCACCUCUUUUCAAGAGAACGGAACGGCGGCAACAGUAACAGUGAUGGAUAUCAACUCGAUAAUCGCGGCGUUGCCGCAGCCGCUGUCUAGUGAGGACUUGCGUAUGGUUCUGUCCAUUGCGGAAGAGCAUCGGAAGGCAAAAGAGGCAGAGCAGAAGUCAAAGGAGCUGGAGCUUGCUAUACUGCAGCAAGGACGCACUCACAUUUGCGAGGAGGGGUUGCCUUCGUUGGGCGACAUACCACAACCGCAGCCGCUACAGCAGCAGCUCAAUUUACCACAAAACCAGCAACAGCAGCAUACCGAACAACAGUCGCCAUUUGAGGGUUUGCAGCCAGUGCAGGCUGCAGCGGCUCCACCGCGGCAUCACCACUCAGUGCCCGUCCACUCAAAUCCAUUCCAACAUGUGCCCCAACUACCGCACUCCGAGAGCUUCCCGCGCUUUUCGCCCCCCUUCUCAAACGACCCGCUCAUAUUCCCCAACCCCCUCGGAUCUUCAUCUCAGCAUAUCCCCCCCUUUGCAACACCACCGGCGUUGAAUGAUUUCGUCCUCAACAACCCCUCGCCGAGGAGUCUGUCGUUCCAGCAGGAUCAGCCGGUGGCGGACUUCAUGCAGGACUUCUCGACGGACCUCGAUGGGGAAACGGCGCACUUUUAUUCGGAUUUGGCGUUCCUACCGAUGUUGUUUGAGAAUCUCCCGGAAGCGCCGGCAACUGCGUCUUCUUUCAACACUGGUGUCUCGCAGACAGUGCAAAAUGGGUUGAACGCGGCCUCUCUUCCGUCCGUUCCCGCAGAGACCGAUUUGGCACAGCCACAGCCACAGCAACGACAGCAGCGCCAGCAUUUCUCCGUCGGAAGCUCGUCGUCAGUCGGCUCUCCAGAGACUGUGACAACAACUUCGCCACCCUCCGUCCCGGGCACGAACCAAAACCUCCCCCCCAAGCGCGUUGACCGCCGCGGGGCAUACCCACAAACAGGGGCUCGCGCACCCAAAAAGAGGGAAGUAGCCCAAGAAGACGGCACAUGUCGAUCAUGCGGCGAAUCCUUCGUCCAGCUCUUCUUGCACGGCACAACCGCCCAACUCGCCUCCGAAUACCUCCUCGACCUCGAAUGCCCUUCCUGCGCGCCCAAAAUCAACGUCAACACAGUCGUCAGCGGCCACGCCAACAAACGCCCCAAACGAUCCUCCCGCAAACGUCCCGCCGCGAUGGCUAACCAUCGCAAACACGCUAUCUUCGAAUGUAAUGUGUGCAGACGACCGGGAGGCUGUGGGGGCAUCAACGCGGAUGUGGAUGGCACGAGCGAGGCGGGGUGGAUGGAUCCGGAGUUUGCGGUGGAGUAUGUGUGUAAUACGUGUAAUGUGAAGUAUGCGUUGUGUUCGGAGUGUGGGGCUGGCGGGGGAAAGUUUCGGACGGGAAAGUGGCGACCCGUGGAACUCUUCGGCCAAUCCCGCGCCACCUGCUCCCUGAACCACUUCCGCUUCGCCGGCCUCGAUACCCAAGUCGCCGUCUACCUCGUCGGAGGCGAAGCUGCCGACUUUGAGCAUCUACCCCACGGCUGGCGCACCCCCGACGCGCCACUCUCUUCUCUCUGCCCCGAAUUCUUGCAAGCCAUCAAACAAUGCGCAUCGGACGGCAUCCUUGAUGGUGAAGCCCUGCCGAAGGUCAUGGAAGCCGUCGAUCCGCCAUGGAGUUGGGAGAAAUUGAGCACCCUCGUGGAGGAUCUGACCUGCAGGAUCAAUAUGGCUGUGAGCGGCGGGGCGGCGUACCGCGGUAAAAUCCCGAGUCAGACGGAUACGGAUAAGCGGUUCAUUCGCACGUACCUCGGCGUGCGUUAUGUUACGCCACGGCAUAUCCGGCAGCAGAUGCGGGCGCAGGGGAAGAAAGGCAGCGCGAACGGGGAGGUGGUGUUGAGUGGGAAUGGGUUGGAGCCUACACCGCCACAGGAGGAGGUUUUUGCGAACCCGUCGUACCCGGCGCCCAAGGUAGUGACGUAUUCAUUUCUGCAGUGGCAUAUGCGGCAUGGGACUGUGCUUGCUACAAGCGGGUUGGGUCGAGCAACAUCCAAACCAGCAGGCCGCUCACCUAUGGGCGAAAUCAUCCGCCGCAUCGCCGACGACCAGGAAUACAUGACCCGCGCCGCCGCAACCCACCCCCGCACCUCCCUCCACCCCUCCCUCUCCGACGUCACCCCCCCACUCCCCGCACAUCCCCCCCGCCCCAAAUGGAUGCGCUUCACCAACUGGUCCUCAGGCGCGACCGGCGCCGCCGACCCAACUCAAUCCACCACCUUCGACAAAACCCAAGAACCCGGCGUCCCCAGCACAACCCCCUUCGAAGACGACGGCAUGCGCCCAUACCGUCUCGUCGGGUUCCGCACCCUCCCCGAGAUCCCCGAGUGCGGGUGGUCGGUGAACGACGAUAGAUGGACGCCGGGUGUGCAUCCGGCUGCGUGGGCGCAUUGUAGGGUGACCACGUGGGUGGCGCCGUUUGAGGAGGCGUUGAGGGGGUUCACGGUGUGGGGGAAUCGGACGGUGCCGACGGGGGCGGCGUUGACGGCGGCGUUGGUGAAGGGGGGGUUGGUCGGGGGGGAUGUGGUCAUAGGCGCGGCGGGGCCGGGGAAAGGGAGGAAACGGGGGAGUGUGGAUGAGGAGGAUGAGGAGGAGGAUGAGGAGGACUCAUGACUUUUGCAAUCCGAACGAAUGGAGGCAAAUCGUAAGUCAACGCCCUGGACAGCAGAUCCGGUGUUCAAAGCCCCCGGACACCCUUUCACUCUAAAGUUGAUGGAUUCUUGAGGUGGACGGCCGGUGAGGGACGGACCAUUGACCGUCGUCCCAUCUCGUUUACCUAGAAUAGGUAGAAGUUUAAUGUAUCUGAGGAGAUAUCUGCCCCGGAGACGUCUACAGUAGAAGCAAAGCGUACAGCAGUCGAGGGUGUGGUAUGCGUUGUCGGUACAUGUGCAGUUUCGGGCGUAUGUAGUGUGUAGUCGUUGCUGGGUUUCCUCGGCUUCCCUCUCUCUCUUUGUGGUGGACGUGAACGGUCAUUUUGUGUACCUCUCUCGCAACACCUCUUUUGGGAACAGUUCUGAGACAAUGGUCGACACACAAACUG